AUAGAGGCUGCGCAUGUGUAUCCGUUUAUUUGCAUUUGAGAGAAGAAAUGCAAUAAAUAUUGUUGAUUCUGUGGAUUAAGAGCAUUAAUCUAUCUGAAAAUGUCCAAACUGCAGCUGUUGAAUACGUUUCUCACCGAGCGAUUAACUGCAGCGGCUGUUGAGAUAUUUGGGGCAGUGGAAAAAACGAUAACGGAGUAUCAGGAAGAAAUCUCCCGUUCAAAGGAGGAGAUCGAUCGUCUACGAAGGCAACUGCACAUCGUUACCCAACCGAAGAUAAAGUUACAUAAAGCAGAUACCCAGCAGCCCAUUCUCCCUGUCCCUGAGGAGGUUCCCCUUGAGCAGCAGCACUGUGAGCAGGAGUGGACCCCUGAUCUGAGGCAGGAGGACUCAGACCCCACACAGAUUAAAGAAGAACAGGAAGAACUCAGGACCAAUCAGGAGGAAGGGCAUCUUCAGGGGCUGGAGUCUGAUACCAACAUUCUAACAUGUUCUCCUCCCUUUGUGAAAAGUGACUGUGAUCAGGAUGACCCACAUAAGUCCUCCCAACUUUACCACAUACAAACUGUAGAGAACAGAGAGAGGGACUCACUACCUACCAGCACAAUUGAAGAGAUCAAAAUAGAACCCGAUGAAGAGGAUUACAGAGUAUCAGAACCAACCAGUGACUCUCAAACCCUCUCUGUAGUAACCCCUUACAGCUCCGUGAGCACAUUAAAUAUGAAUCAGCUAAUUGGCAAUGCAGAAUCAGACAAACCAUUUCAGUGCAAUGUAUGUGGCAAAUUCCUCAAGAGGGAAAAAAGUCUUAUUGUGCAUAUGAUGGGUCAUGCAGGAGAGAAACCAUUUACAUGUCCUUUAUGUAACAAAGGCUUUGUUGCGGUAGGCACUUUAAAGACACACCUGAAACUUCACACAGGGGAAAGGCCACACCGUUGCCAUGUUUGUGGAAGAUGCUUUAAACUGAAAGGAGCCCUGACGGAGCACAUGAGGAUACACACUGGGGAGAAACCAUUUAGCUGUCAUGAUUGUGGCAAAUGCUUCAGUCGUACAAAUGCCCUUACGAAUCACAUGCUGCACAUUCACAAGAAGAAAAGAACGUACAAGUGACCUGCGGAGAAAGAGUCUGAAAAGUAGCUUUGUAUCUAUAUAGCACACUUAAGUAAUGCCCUUUUAAUUUAAUAAAGUAUGGGUCAAUAUUUGAAGGAAUAAAUGAAUUGACCAUUU